AUGACCCACACGACAACGCGCCUCGCCCUCCCCUCCGACGCAGAAACCAUCGUAGCCUUAUCCGCCCAAGUGCAACAACACCUCACAGCCUCGGGGAGCCUACAAGAUAUCGGGCCUCUGAAGCUAGAAACAGUCCUGACUGCCGCGCACGAAAAGCGAGUCUACGUGCACGAAGACGCCCAAACAAGGGAAACGAUAGGCUGCGCGUUCGUGAGGCCGAUCGACGAGCACUACUUUCCCCCGAGUUCUGGUGCGGACUUUGACAUCACGACGCUCGCGCGGCCGUGGCAGUACGUUCAUACCGUUAUGCUGCGGCCGGAGGUGCAAGGGCGUGGGCUUGGGAGGCAAUUCUUUACGGAUGUCGUUGAGCUGCUUCGACCUUGUGGGGGCACAAUUCUACUGGAUUGUUGGGCGGGCAACGACAAGCUGCGUGAGUUUUAUGCAAAGUGUGGGUGUCGAUUUGUCGCGACGCUACGAGAGGAGGACUACUACAUUGCAGUGUUUGUGUACGAAUUGGCUGAAGGGAAGGGGUAG